AUGGCUGAUUGUUAUGGAUGCCGAAGACCUUUGAAUUGUUCGUGUGGAUAUUUAUGUGCUACUACUCCGGACUGGGUCUUUUCUUUUUGUGAUUCUUGUUGGCAUAGAUAUACCGUUGCACUCUCAUCAAUUAUUCACAAAAACCAAAUAAAUGCACUAAAACAAGAAAACUAUCUAUUACACCAGAAGCUGACUACCAGUGAGCAAAAUUGUGCCGCGUUAGAAAAAAAACUUUCUCGUCUCAACACUCAGAAUCAAUCAGUCGACAACACGGAUAUAACAAAAUUACGUCAAUUCAUCGAGCAACUGCCUGUACUGCAAAUGGAUGUCCUACAAAGACUUUCAAACCUUUGUAUCGAGCAUUUCGAGGGUGAUCAUCAUGAAAUAUCAUCCAACUGUUCAUCGCAGUGUACCACAUCAUUUGUGGAAAAACUCGGUUCAAAUAUCAAUGGCAUAUUACAAACUGUACAGGACACUUUGACUCAACGAAAACAAACGAGGGAAAACAUUUUGGAAACAUUAUUAUCUAGCUGCAUAUCGGAAGAGACUAUUGGUGCUACUUUAAAACCGCUGGAAAUAGAAAUCGAACAGAUACAAAGAAAUUUCCAGGUGUGGAACACAUUUGCGAACAAAGUGGAUCAUAAUUAG